AUGGCUACUGUUAGUAAUUAUUAUGAAAUUUUAGAAGUUAGCAUUGAUGCUACGUUUGAGGAAAUUAAAAAAAGCUUUUAGAAAAAGAUAAGAUAAGAGCAUCCAGAUAAAUCUUCAGACGAGAAUAGCUAAAAAAUAGCAAGUAAAUUGAUUGAAGCGUAUAAAGUUUUAAGUGAUGAUAACUUAAGAAGCGAAUAUAACAAAUAAUAUGAAUAAUAGCAUUAAAAAGCUAAUAGAGGUUAGUGCUUUGAUCAGAUAAACUUAGAAAAAUAAAGCAAUUUAAUUGAUUAUGAAUGUGAAUAAUGUGGAGAAAUUAAUACAAUUUAAAUAGACUCAAGAAAUAAAGAUGAAGAUUUUGUUAUAGUUGAAUGUAUUGGAUGCAACCUUAAACUAUAAAUUAACUUGAAGUGA